UUGUGCCAAUCUUCAGAUUGACGCUGCCACAAAUCAGGGAGAGAGACUGGGCAGGCGCUAAGGGUAUUCUCCAGCUGAUCAGAGAAAGCAGGGAGGAUUGGGAGAGCAUCUCUGUAGCGACCAUCCUCAGCUGGAAGAAAAUGCAUUGAUUUAUUUUAGAAAGCUGAACAGAACGCUGUGAUCCUAUAUUUAUAACACAGCUUGUUUGGUCGUCUGUGUCAAGAGCGAGAGUGGAUUCAACGAAAACAGCAGUUGCGUGAGAUAGAGCCCUGUCCCCUGCCACUAUCUCCUUCUCUGUUUACCAGAAAGUUCCACUUCGCUCCUGGCCACGGAACGGCCCUUUUCCAACUGCACUGCCAGAAGGAGACGCUGAGAAAAGCAACAGUUUCAGAGUCUGAGCCUGAUUCAAUGGUACCAGAGGGACUGGAGGAACUUGGGUGGAGGGGCUGGGGCAGGAGAGAAGGGCUUGGGCUGGAAGCUGUGAAGACAGGAGAGAGGGAACCAGAGCGGGAGGAGCAGCCUGACAACGCCAACAUGCCUCCCAAGUUUAAACGACACCUCAACGAUGAAGAGGUCACUGGAUCCAUACGCAGCGAGAGGAGGAACCUGUUGGAGGAAGACUCUGAUGAAGAGGAGGACUUCUUCCUGAGGGGACCAACUGGACCCAGAUUUGGAGCUGGAAAUGACAAAAUUAGACAAGUUCAGUCGCAGGUUGAUGAGGUCAUCGAUGUGAUGCAGGAGAACAUCUCCAAGGUGAUCGACAGGGGAGAGCGACUGGAGGACCUGCAGGACAAGUCGGAGAGCCUAUCAGACAACGCGUCAGCCUUCAGCAGCCGAGCCAAGCAGCUGCACAGGAGGAUGUGGUGGAGAGACAUGAAGAUGAAGGCCAUCAUAGCUCUGGUGGUGGUCGUUCUGCUACUUAUCAUCAUCAUUCCGGUGAUCUUGCGGUAUCGCUAGUGUUUCGCCAGGAUGAGGAAGAAUCUCUCAAUCCUUCUCCUCUUCCUCCCAUUCUCCUGCACAAAGUCCUCCACACCAGCUAGGGGGCACCAUCUGCCCAUAA